GAUCAGCUAUUGACUCCUUUUCGCGAAUGACUGCUUAGGUCAGCCGAUCAGAUAUGGGAUCAGAUAACUCGGUAUAUGGAUGGCUCGGCAUUUAGCCAGACAUAUCCCGAACCUUUAUCUCAAGCUCCCUCAGCGUUUAAAAGCUUCAACAACUUCAUUAUAUUUAUCAGUACUUUAUGGAUCCAUCAAAAUGAAGGAUUCCUUACCGACGAUCAAUACAAAUUUGGAAUAUCAGAAUAUGGAUAACGAGAAAGCGGAAAGAAUGCUAACAGGACCACCGCCGCGACGGGCUAGACCUCUAGCUUUUGGAGCUCUAACGGUUGCUCUAUUAUAUUUCCUUUGGACCGCGAAUCUCCAUCAGUUGUUUAUGGGAUGUGGUAUGAAGCUGCAAUCUACGGAAAUGAAACCUGUGGCGGAUAUUGUAUCUAUAUCGGAUCAUAAACUCGUACCGUUGGAAGCGCAUAUAAUGAGUGUAAGCUUAUAUCUACUCCUGUUAUUCUUCAAUACAGCUUAACUUCUUAUUUCCUUUUAAAUACCCCCUUAUCAGGCUUUUACUGACUUCUUAUCUGUAGAAAUGUCCCGAUGCACAGGUUCGUUUAGCUAUCUGCUAGAUUGAUAGCACAUCUAACUAAAUCUAGGAUUGUUUGAAGAUGAUGGUAUUACCAGCUAUGCAGAGGGUAUAUGAUAAAGUUAACUUCACACUCUCAUUUAUUGGCGCGUAAGUUUCAUCCAUGAGCCUCCAAGGUCCGCAUUAAAAAGCUAACGGAUAAUCUUUCGCAGGCCUACAGACAAUGAUGGAGUAGCCUGUAAACAUGGGCCGCAAGAAUGCAUGGGCAAUAUUCUCGAAUUAUGUGCUGCGAGCCUAUAUCCCGACCCAAAAAUUUACCUUGGCUUUACCAUGUGUUUAACCAGAGAUUAUAAAGAUAUCCCGGAAAGAAGUUUGGUGGAGGAUUGCGCAUUAGAGCAUGGAAUGGAUUUCAACAAGCUCAAUGAGUGUACAGCGCAGGAUGAUGGAGGGUAUGGUAUGGGAAUGUUGAGGGAUAGUGUCAGAAGGAGCAUUGAGGUAUGUGUAGAAACAGAGUGUCAAGUCAUACUAGAAAGACUCAUGCUAAUCGACAAUUGUAGGCCGGUGUCACAAAAUCUUGCACGGUCAGACUCAACGAAGAAAUAUUUUGUGUACGUGACGGAAGAAAGUGGACGGAUUGCCCUGGAGGGUCGGAAGUAAACGAUCUUAUUCUUGCCGUGGAGAAACUGUACAACCAGUCUUGAUAGGCUUGAAUAUAUCCGUCCAUAACUCAGUCGCUUCUCCAACAGUGUAU